GUGAUCUAGUGGCAGUGAUGUCUGGACGUGGCAAAGGCGGGAAGGGCUUGGGUAAAGGGGGCGCCAAGCGCCACCGCAAAGUCCUGCGGGAUAACAUUCAAGGGAUCACAAAACCUGCAAUCCGUCGCCUGGCUCGUCGCGGUGGAGUAAAGCGCAUCUCAGGUCUUAUUUAUGAAGAGACCCGCGGGGUUUUGAAAGUGUUUCUGGAGAACGUAAUUCGGGACGCGGUCACCUAUACCGAGCACGCCAAGCGCAAGACUGUCACGGCCAUGGACGUGGUCUACGCGCUCAAGCGCCAGGGACGCACCCUUUACGGAUUUGGCGUAAUGGCGCGUACAAAGCAAACCGCUCGUAAGUCGACUGGCGGCAAAGCGCCGCGCAAGCAGCUGGCCACCAAGGCGGCCCGGAAGAGCGCGCCGGCCACGGGCGGCGUGAAGAAGCCGCACCGCUACCGGCCCGGCACGGUGGCCCUGCGCGAGAUCCGCCGCUACCAGAAGUCCACGGAGCUGCUGAUCCGCAAGCUGCCGUUCCAGCGCCUGGUGCGCGAGAUCGCGCAGGACUUCAAGACCGAUCUGCGCUUCCAGAGCUCGGCCGUGAUGGCGCUGCAGGAAGCGUGCGAGGCCUACCUGGUGGGGCUCUUCGAGGACACCAACCUGUGUUUUUUCUCUACCAUGUCUGGACGCGGCAAGGGCGGGAAAGGCUUGGGGAAAGGGGGAGCCAAGCGUCACCGCAAGGUUCUGCGUGAUAACAUCCAGGGCAUCACCAAACCUGCCAUCCGCCGCCUGGCCCGGCGUGGCGGGGUGAAGCGCAUUUCCGGUCUCAUCUACGAGGAGACCCGCGGGGUGUUGAAGGUGUUCCUGGAGAACGUGAUCCGGGACGCCGUCACCUACACAGAGCACGCCAAGCGCAAGACUGUCACCGCCAUGGAUGUGGUCUACGCGCUCAAGCGCCAGGGACGCACUCUCUAUGGCUUCGGCGGCUGAGAUUGAGCUUUGGUAAGAUCCCAGACUCUUCACAAACUCUGACA